AUGUCUGCAUCUGCCACGGAAAUAAUGACCAAAACCAACGACAUCAAACUCACUGAGCUCCAUCCUGGCUCCAUGGCUGAGAUCAUGGGUCUCGGUUUCGCCAAUGGCGCUACUGAAGACGUAUCCCGUUUUCUCCAGGAUGCAGUUACUAAUGUACAUCCGCCCAUAUCACCAUCAGUUAACCCCUACGGAGUGGUAGUCCUCUGUGGUACUAAAUUGACAGAUGAAAUGCACAUUGAACUCGCCCGUAUCUUCGGCGAACUAGACGACGUCAAGCCCUACGUUGUUGCUGGACGCAAGAACCGAUUGAAGUACGAAUGA